AUGGCCUGCCCCAUAAAUCAGGAUGCCUCCGUCGAAGCGACUGACCCCUCAUCCGCCGCCAACAAGCCUGGCGCUCCCAAAGAUGGCUUUCCCUGGCCUGAGCAGCCACUACCCACCUUCUUCGAUCAACUGCCGGCACACAACCAGGAAUUGAUCCGGCGAUCGCGCGCUGGAGAGCGCGAGGUAAAGCCCAGUGUCUGGGAUCGUAAGGCCUGCGAGUGGGUGCGGUACGAAGAGGCCCGCAAGCGUGGCCUCACAGGCGAGAGUGGCAUGCGCAAAAGUCGAUACCUUAUGGCUACGACGAACGAAGAUGGUGAAAAUGCGGACGACGCCGACAAUGACCCCUCCGAUGAUGACGACGCUAGUGACGACGAAGAGACCGCUGCUGCCGGCACCAAUGCAGGUGACGGUCUCAACAACACAACCACCGCAUCCACCAACGGCGCGACAGCCACUAAGACAAGCAAGAAGCGCAAAAUACCUCCUACGCAGCUCCUGCAAGAUCGAACCUUCUCUGCCACCAAAUGGACGCAGAUCCCGAUGGACAAGGCCGACAAGAUGCCCGAGCCAAAGUUCCUGGCUGACCGCCGGGCCGGCAUGACCAGCUUCUACAACGCCUCAGCGAAUGGUGCAUGGGCUCAAGCACAGGGCUACGGAGCUGCGGAUGCGUCUGCCGCUGGCACAGGGCCAGGAUAUGAUCUGGGCGAUGGAGGCGGGCUCGGCAAUGCAAUGGGCGGUGCAGGCGCGCAAGGCGGUGAGACUCCUCCAGUAAGGAAGAACAUGCCGCCACGGCCGCGGAAGAAGAAGGGUGGACCCGGACGAAAGAAGAAGGAGGUGGUGGAAGCGGAGAGGCGUGCGGCAGAGGAGGACCGAAGGCGCGCGGAGGCAGAGGCACGUGGUGAGACCUUGCAAGAAGGAGUUGGCACAGAAAAGAAGGAAACAGCUGAAGGUGAAGCCGGCAGCCAGACACCGCGCAGUAAGAAGGAGGAGGGUGAGGGCAGUGGUGACGAUAGCGAAGGUGAAGGAUCGGAGGAGGGCGAAGUCAAUGAGGGUGACUCUACGAGUGCCCCUGGUUCAGUUCCGACGACACCGUCGGCAUCUGCUGCCUCGACAGGGGUUGGGCUUGGGCUUGGCGGCCUCAACGCUCCAGCCGUCCCAAGCUCACUGUCUCGCGAACUCGCCGCCACAGCAGAGGACGAAUCUCCGGUGCCUGCUCUCGUUGCUACAAACAGCACUCCAGCUGGGACCACCAGAUCUGAACCUGUUCCUCCUAUGGUGGAUGCACAGAUGACCGAUGCCCCUCCCUCGGGCAUCACGGCCGACGAUGUGCCGCCACCAGCUGCUGAACCUUCGGUUCCUGACACACCUACCGAAGCACCACCCACCACCGUCGCCGAUUCUACUGUUGCGUCUUCCACCGAUGCCUCCGGCGCAGCUGGAGCGCCCGCGGAAGCCGAAACUACGGCCACAGCCUCCGCAACAGCGCCGAUCUCGGAAGCAGAGGCACAGCCCGAGAUCUCGGUCCCUUUCGCGCCUGUGGCGGGCGCAGAGACAGCACCCACGCAGGCGACAGAGGAUGUCGGGAUCGACGGCGGCGAUGCGACCGACCGUCCGGCUGAGGACCGGUCGUCUAGUGAUACUGCGCCGGCGCCCGUGCCUGCGACGGAAGAAGCGGCGGUGCGCGAGGCGGUGGCGCAAGGCGAGGCUAGGGAGUAUGCAAGGCAGGAAGCCGUUGCUGAUGUUGUAAGUGAGGUUGAGGGUGGGAAGGAAGCGGGCAAAGGAGGGCUUCAGGCACCGCUCGCUGCGGAUGUGAAAGAGACGGGAGAUGAGGGCAAGGAUGGGAAGAUUGAUGAGCGGCUGGGACAGUGUCAAGGAGAAGUGGAAAUGGAUCUGCUUGGUGGGUUAGAGGCAGCGGUUGAUGCGCAGCAAGAAGGUAGUUAG